AUGGUAUUCAAGAAGGGCGAUAAGUCAGAUCCACUGAACUACAGGGGAAUCGCGCUAGUCAAUCUUAUCACGAAAAUCUUUACUUACAUGAUCAAAAAUAGAUUAGAAAUCUGGAUUGAAAGCAAUAAAAUCCUACCAGGUGCCCAGUUUGGUUUCAGAGCUGGACGUGGGUGCACCGAGGCGAUUUUUACUCUGCUCACUGCAGUUCAAUUACAGUUGCGUCUGCCAAGGCGCGAGGUUUUCGCGAUAUUUGUGGACUUCCGUCGCGCCUUCGACUCGGUGCCCCACGAAAACCUCUGGAACAAGUUGAACAACCUAGGCAUAAGCUCUAAAUUAAUAAGAGUAAUUAAAUCGCUCUAUGACACUGCCAAUGUACAGGUUAAAUGCAACAGUCAGCUCUCUGAUAAAUUUGACGUGACUGAGGGGGUGUUACAGGGCGAGACUCUGAGUGCUCUCCUGUUCAUUCUACGUCCUAAUGCUUUUGACACAGCGAUUCUUGUUGAUUCUCAUAUUAAUUUACACAGAGCACUCAGAGCUCCAGCUGACUACUGCGAUCUGAAUGGCCUUGAGGUAAAUAUAUCCAAAAUUAAAAUUAUGCCCUUCAAAAGAAUUCGAAGACUUAAAAAGCUACCUGAUUGCUUUAGAAAAUAUGAAGGUUCUGUGCUGGAAAUAGUGUCCUCGUAUACCUAUUUAGGUAUACCCCUGAGUAGGAAUGCCUUUGGCAACAUUUCUGCUAGGGCCGCAUUAGCAAAAGGUAAAAUGGCUACAGGUGUUGCUCUUGGUGGUUUGGCUGGUCUUGGGAUCAACUCCUGGAGAACAUUAGUUAUACUUUAUAAUGUAAUGAUUUCCUCUACACUAUUGUAUGCCAUACCCGCAUGGGAGCUUCUCCACUCAGUGGAGCUUGAAGUGGCACAACUAGAUUUCUUUAAGAGGGCACUUGCUCUGCCAAAAUGUACUCCGGGAUGGGCCCUUAGACUAGAGACCAACCUUCCUCACACUGAACUGAGGAUCAUGAAACUUUGCUGGGAUUGGCUGUUGAAAAUCCUCAAGCAAAGUGACUCUCUUUUACCAAAAGUCUGUGUCAUUAGAUUGCUUGACCUUGAUCGUUCCUCUCAUGGGAAGAACCCUUACAACUGGAUUUCGAGAAUCAGAGACCUGAUUAGUAUGACAAUUCAUGAAGAGCUAAGGCCCGAUCUCAAUUAUGAAGAGCUUGCUAGUAAAACGAUUGAUAUCUUCAACUCGUAUGAGUUAAUACUCAGGGAAAGAGACAUUGAAAGCUGGCUAAGUCUACGUCCUGUCAGAUCACCCCAGCUUUCACUGAUGCUCUGA